AUGUUUGAGACGAUAAGACGAACAUUUGCUAGUGGCAAUACCACCAGUCAAAGAAUGAAGAACAAAUCAUCACAAGUAAUUGUACCAGCAGCAACAAUAACAACAACAACAACAACAACGACAACAGUAGAUAGUAAUGAAGAAACUGAUUCAUCAUUAAGUGAUGAUUUUAAAAGUAUUCAAAAUUCAAUUAUUUCGAUUAAUCGACCAUCAUCCAUUGUUCUUAAAAGCUUUGCUCCACAUCCAUCUCCAUUGCCAUCAAUAUCCAGUAUUCUUGAUGAAGAUGCUCCAUGGUUACAUGAGAAUAUAACGAGAGAAGCUGUAGAAGAUGCUUUAUCAUGUCGUUCAGUUGGUAGUUUUCUUGUUCGACGACCAACAUCAGUCACAUCAAAAAAUACAUAUGUUCUUUCAAUUCGUGUACCAAAAUAUAUGAAACGAUCAUGUGUUGUUCAUUAUUUAAUUGAUCAAGAUAAUUUUGGUUAUUAUUUACGAGGCACAGUGAAAGUUUUUCCAACAUUAAAUUCAUUGAUUGUUCAUCAUUCAAUAGUUGCAGAAAAUUUACCAGUUAUUUUAGAUUUACGAGCUUAUACAUCAUUACAUACAAUAGACGAUGAUGAUUUUCAUAAUGAAGUAGCACAUAAUGAAUAUGUUAUGUGA